AAGGUCACAAAGCAUGGUCCAUCCGCCCAGUCCUUUGCCGUCGCGCGAGUCAAACACACGUAGCGCGCGAAAACAGAUGCCAUGUUGUUUUAUUUCUUAUCUGUGUUGUUACUGGCCAGUGCGCAGGCUAAAUUCUAUACGGACUGCGGGUCUAAGCUAGCGACGAUCGACAAUGUGGGAGUGAGCGGGUGUGCGGAGGACGCCAAAGAGUGUGUGCUAAAGAGGAACAGCAAUGCCACCAUCAGCAUCGACUUCACACCAAGUGUGGAGGUCGACAAGCUGGAGACGGAGGUGCACGGCAUCAUCAUGAACCUGCCCGUGCCCUUCCCCCUGCCGCAGCCCGACGCCUGCCACGACUCCGGACUUAAGUGCCCCAUCAAGGCUGGUACCAAAGCGGCCUACGCGACAACGCUCCCGAUCCUGAAGUCCUACCCCAAGGUCAAGGUGGAGGUCAAAUGGGAGCUGAAGAACGACAAAGAUGAGAGCAUCAUCUGCAUCAUGAUUCCCGCCAAAAUCAACUAAACACCGUUUAGGGCGAGGCCACGCUGCUGCGACGCGUUGCGACGGAACGGAUGCGUUGCUGCGACGCGCGUUAACACAAUACAAGAUAUUAAAAAGCGCGUUAGGCUGUGUUUCCACAGGAGUUGCGUUGCGAAGAAUGUUUUUUAAGAUCCUACAUAGGAUCGCUGCACUUGGCGAGGUCAAACAAAUAUAACAAUUUUAUUGGUUCUCAAAAACAGGUUCCUCGCAAAUCACAACGCAGCUCCGGUGGAAAACCAACCCUUAUUCACCCACCUUAUUCAUCUCCUGUCUAUCAUUCCGUCAAAGCAUCACGUCCGUCCAAACAACGCAACGUCGGAGCGGCACGGCUGCGGCGAUGCAACGGAGCAAUGUGGCUUUGCUCAGUGCGGCUAGUCUGUUUUAAAAUAUCACAUUCCGGAACGUUUGAAAUGAGAAUAAGGGCUUAAAUACCUAACUUGUAACUAGAAACCCCACAAUGCUAUAGGUGUCCUCAAUUAUUUUUUAUCAUGUGGCCUCAAGACGUUUCUCGAAGUUCUAAAAUCCAAAUCUAAGACAGGUACCUACUGUAUUGAGAAGUCUAUUUUAACUGAUUUCAAUAGAGUAGGUUUUGUACUUUUAAAAUUAUCUAGUAAAUCAAUUAAAUCCAAUGUGAAUCUUUUAAAGUUAUAAGCAUCACAUUAUAGUUAAAUGACUAUACAGCCCUAAUUUUAAUAUGUAAGCAAUUAAGUAUUUAUUAAGCAUAAAACGCUAUAAUGCCAAAAAUAUUAUAAAGAAUCAAAACAACAGUGUGAAUAAUUGUUAUCAACGUUGUUAUAAAAUGCUCUCUAAAAUAAAAUGAUAUAAUUAAU